AUGAGCGGUUCAGAUGCGGGGCUGGAGGAGGAGCCAGAGCUCAGCAUCACCCUCACACUUCGGAUGCUAAUGCAUGGAAAGGAGGUUGGCAGCAUAAUUGGGAAGAAAGGAGAGACUGUAAAGCGAAUCCGGGAGCAGAGCAGUGCCCGGAUCACCAUCUCUGAGGGUUCCUGCCCCGAGCGCAUCACCACCAUCACUGGGUCCACAGCAGCCGUCUUCCAUGCAGUCUCCAUGAUCGCCUUCAAGCUGGAUGAGGACCUUUGUGCUGCUCCUGCAAAUGGUGGAAAUGUCUCCAGGCCUCCGGUGACCCUGCGCCUUGUCAUCCCUGCAAGCCAGUGUGGCUCACUGAUUGGGAAGGCUGGCACCAAGAUCAAGGAGAUUCGAGAGACCACGGGUGCCCAGGUGCAGGUGGCGGGAGACCUGCUCCCCAACUCUACAGAGCGUGCUGUCACUGUGUCUGGGGUACCUGAUGCCAUCAUCCUGUGUGUGCGCCAGAUCUGUGCUGUUAUCCUGGAGUCCCCACCCAAAGGAGCUACUAUCCCAUAUCAUCCAAGCCUCUCCUUAGGUACCGUCCUUCUCUCUGCCAACCAGGGCUUUUCUGUCCAGGGUCAGUAUGGGGCUGUGACCCCAGCUGAGGUCACCAAGCUCCAGCAGCUCUCGGGCCACGCAGUCCCCUUUGCCUCACCCAGCAUGGUGCCAGGACUGGAUCCUGGCACACAGACCAGCUCACAGGAGUUCUUGGUUCCCAACGAUCUGAUUGGCUGCGUGAUCGGGCGCCAGGGCAGCAAGAUCAGUGAGAUCCGGCAGAUGUCAGGGGCACAUAUCAAGAUCGGGAACCAAGCAGAGGGUGCUGGCGAGAGGCACGUGACCAUCACUGGUUCCCCUGUCUCCAUCGCCCUGGCCCAGUACCUCAUCACUGCCUGUCUAGAAACGGCCAAGUCUACCUCUGGGGGGACGCCCGGCUCGGCCCCCACAGACCUGCCUGCCCCCUUCUCGCCGCCCCUGACGGCCCUGCCCACAGCUCCCCCAGGCCUGCUGGGUACACCCUAUGCCAUCUCCCUCUCCAACUUCAUCGGCCUCAAGCCUGUGCCCUUCUUGGCUCUACCACCUGCCUCCCCAGGGCCGCCGCCGGGCUUGGCGGCCUACACUGCCAAGAUGGCAGCAGCCAAUGGGAGCAAGAAAGCUGAGCGGCAGAAAUUCUCCCCCUACUGA